AUGAAGCCAAACAUCCCACCGUUAAAGAUCGCAAAGUCGAAUCCGAAUAUUACUGUGUCGACCACAUUGUCGGAUCAAGACGACACAAAUCAUACGCGGGCUCGUUUCUAUUCGAAUAACCUCGGCCAGUCCGAGAUGACGCCGCCAUUGACACCUUCAGGCAUUACUCAAUCAGAACACAAUAUGGAACAACCAGAGGCCCCGAGAGCCGUCUUUCACAACUACUUGCGUGCAUUUUAUCCUUUUCAUCCUGCCGGAGAUGUCUCUCCAUCGACGGUGACUCUUCCGCUAGACCAGGGCGAUAUCAUCCUGGUCCACUCCGUUCACACCAAUGGCUGGGCCGACGGUACCUUGUUGGAUUCUGGGAAUCGAGGCUGGCUGCCUACCAAUUACUGCGAAGCAUAUGAUCAACUACCCAUGCGUCCCUUGUUGAAAGCACUGACAGACUUUUGGGAUAUCAUUCGAGGAGGAUGUGGCUCAUCACUAAAGGAUUUCGGUAACCAAGACUUGAUGCGAGGCCCCAUCGCUGGCGUUCGAUUCCUCCUGGAGAAAUCCGAGUGCUUGACUCGGGAAGCACCCCUUGUCAAGAAGUAUGAUGGACUCCGCCGCAUCCGCAAGGCUCUGCUGUCUGAUCUUUCGUCCCUUGUCAAGACUGCCAAGCGGUUCCAGGAUGUUGCCAAUGGUGCUCCGGCGGAGGAUGAGGUCGAGGCCAUUCUGGAUGAGAUGCUUCUCAAGGCUUUCAAGAUUGUCACCCGUGGUGUUCGCUUCUUGGAUGUCUGGAACGAGGAAGUUGGCUUGACCCGGACGAUUGCCGAGAUGGAGACUGUCGGCACUCAAUUCGAUAUGCCCCCAACCCCAGCUUCCGCGACUUUCUCCCUGGCUGAUACUGCCCCGACUUCCGAUACUUGCACCGAACGAAACGAGUCUCGACAGAUGAGCCACAGCCGCAUGGAAUUCAGCCGAGCCUCGAUGCGGAAUGAGAUGGUGGAUCACCAGUCCCGACCCAUGUCUGUAUCAACCAAGCGUAUCUCCGUCUCCCACCGGGUCUCUUACUCUGGUCCCUCGUCAGCCAUUCGUGCGCAAAACCUUGCUUCGGAGCGACUAGGUACCUCGUAUGAUGCCUUCCUGGGCGUGCUGGGAUCUUUCAUCGGUCUUCACAUGCAGUCGCGCUCGUCAACGGAACUGGUCACCACCACUCAGCAGGCCGUGCAGUCUUGCCGGGCUUUGCUCAAGGUGGUUGAGGCUGUGUGCGAGCAUGAUGCCCAGCGAAGUGUCCUCCUCGACGAGGCACGCGAGUCCAUGUGCGAGAAGCUGGCAGAGUUGGUCCAAGCUGCCCGCGACGUCUUCCGUCCUGCCAACUCUCAAGACGACGACCUGGUAUUCAUGCCGGAUGAGGGCAAGCGACUGGUCGAUGCUGCAACGGAUUGCGUUCGCGCCGCUGGUAACUGCCUGGCCAAGGCUCGUCUGGUGCUGGAGCAAAUCGGUGACAUCGAGCUGGACCCCGUCCAGGAAGAAGAAACCACCACCGACCAGGAAGUCUCAGGCAUUGUCACCUCCCAAGUGUCGCCCGACAUGCCGACUGACCAGGAAAAAUCCCAAGAGCUCUCACUUCGUCUUCCCCCGCCCCCUCUCACGAUUCCAAACUCGACCUACUCGCCUUCCACCCCUGGCCUCACCGACUCGACCACACCUUCUUCUUUCCAAUCGCACCUCACUUCUUCCAGCAGUCCCGUCCACCCUUCUGCUCCAUCCUCUUUCCCUAACUCUGCCACUAUCCCCACCCAGCCUGAUCAAGCUUCCUCCUUCUCUUCAUACGACAGCGGCUUCCGUGAGAGUCAUCCCAAGUCCGACGUGAGCGAAUCCUUCGGUCGUGGUGUCACAAGCACGGGUAGCAGCUUCACGUACCACAGUCACACGCGCGACUCCGAGAUGAGUGGCCUUUCUCAGACUUCCACCCGGGCCACCUCCCCUGACAUUGGGGGUAGCUUCCAUGGCAGCUUCAAGGUGCCUUCCUUGAAGGAGAGUGUCAGCCACUCUACCUUGGCCGAGGAGAACGAGGAGACCGAAGCUCAUCUUCUUGAGAAGACUUAUGCUCACGAGCUGGUCUACAAGGAUGGCCAAGUCAUGGGUGGCAGUCUUCGUGCUCUCAUCGAGAAGCUCACUGCUCACCAGUCUACCCCGGACGCCAUGUUCGUCUCCACCUUCUACCUCACCUUCCGUCUCUUCGCUACUCCUCUGGAGUUCGCCGAGGCUCUCGCCGAGCGAUUCGAGUACAUUGGCGACACUCCCCACGCUGCGGGACCCGUUCGGCUGCGCGUUUACAACGUGUUCAAGGGCUGGCUCGAGUCCCACUGGCGCCAUGAUCGCGAUAACUCGGCUCUCGAGUUUAUCAUCACCUUUGCAGAGACUCGUUUGACUACUGACCUCCCGACUGCCGGCAAGCGUCUCCUUGAGCUGGCUGACAAGGUCUCUGCGGUCCACGGCCCCGUCGUUCCUCGUCUGGUCUCGUCUAUGGGCAAGACCAACACCGCCAUUGCUCAAUACGUUCACCCUGACACCCCUCUUCCUCCUCCCGUCCUUGGCAAGAAGGAGGCCAACCUGCUCAAGCAGUGGAAGACUGGCGAGGCCUCGAUCUCCAUCUUGGACUUUGACCCCUUGGAGCUGGCCCGCCAGCUGACCAUCAAGGAGUCUCGUAUCUUCUGCUCGAUCCUUCCCGAGGAGCUUCUCGACACCGAGUGGACUCGGAAGUCGGGCUCGCUCGCAGUCAACGUUCGCGCCAUGUCGACCCUGUCCACGGAUUUGGCUCACUUGGUCGCCGACUCCAUCCUCUACCUGGAGGAGCCCAAGAAGCGUGCUGCGACCAUCAAGCACUGGGUGAAGAUUGCCAACAAGUGCUUUGAGUUGAACAACUACGACUCCCUCAUGGCCAUCAUCUGCUCUUUGAACUCUUCCAUGAUCUCCCGCCUGAGGCGCACUUGGGACGUGGUCUCGCAGAAGACCAAGACUACCUUGGAGCAUCUCCGCACCAUCGUCGACGUUUCUCGCAACUACUCAGUCCUGCGCCAGCGCCUGCAAGGCCACGUGCCGCCCUGCCUGCCCUUCGUCGGUACCUACCUGACCGAUCUCACCUUCGUUGAUCACGGCAACCAGUCUCUUCGCUCCCUGCCAACGGACGAUGGUGAGAUGACUGUCAUUAACUUCGACAAGCACAUGAAGACGGCCAAGAUUAUCAGCGAGCUCCAGCGUUUCCAGAUCCCCUACCGCCUUACCGAGGUUCCGGAGCUACAGACCUGGAUGCAGAAUGAGCUGGUGCGUGUGCGCUCCAACGGCGAGACUACUCUCCAGACCUUCUACCGCCGGUCGCUGGUCCUCGAACCGCGAGAGCCCUCACGCAGCAAUGUCAAUCUCCCCGCUCUGGCUCAGGCUCAGGCUCAGGCCCAGGCCCAAUCUCAAGCCUCCGAGUCAUCACCUCCCAACCAGUCCAUCCUUGAAAACGCCAAGGACAAAUUCGACUUCUUAUCGUGGACAAACCCUUCUAAGCCCAAGUCCGUCGCGACUAACGGCUAA